AUGGUGGCAGCUUACGCCGGAAACUCUUCGGGAAUCGGGAGCUGGUAUCUAUCCAAGAUCGGUUCGACUGAUGCUGCUGAUACUCUGCCGAUGAUGAUGGACCCAGCCUUUUUACUGGACAGCGGGAUGGCGGAAGGAUACGACUUUUGGCAGCACCUUUCAGGCUUAUUCUACGGAAAUUUGCCGAAUGUUUAA